AGAGUAGGAAAGGGAUUGGGGGAAGGGGGGAGGCAUGUGAGCUUUGUGGCUCCUGCCCACCCCUGAAGCGCCAAGAGGGCUGAGCCUCUAUCCUUCACCCUCCUCCCACCCCCUCAUUCAGGGAGGAGUCUUUCAGAUGCAGUCACAAGUCCAGAGCCAGCACUGCUUCUGCACCAGGAGGAAGAUCUGGAAUCUGCCAUCUGCUGGGGUAGGGAUCCCAGGAUCAGCACCACAGCCUCGGAUAGCAGCAGCUCCCUAAGGGGGAAUCUAGUCUUACAGCUAGUCGGGGUCCUGAGGCUCCAGUUCUGAAGAUGAAUUGGGCAGCAGUAACGUGCUGGACCCUUCUGCUCCUAGCUGCUUUCUUCUGUGAGAAUGUCACCAGCAAGGGAGGUCGUGGGGGAGCCCGAGGGGCAGCGCGUGGCAGGAGCCGCAGCAGCAGCAGCAGUAGCCGGAUGAGAAUGAAGUCUGCCCCCCGCUACAGCUCCUCCGGCUCAGCCUUCCGAGUGGCAGCCGCGGCCUCGGCAGGGGCUGCUGCAGGGGCUGCUGCAGGAGCAGUCGCUGGGGCCGCUGGGAGGAGAAUGUCUGGAGAGGUAGGCACCAGUGUCAACUUGGAGAGGGACCUCUACUACAGCAACCAGACAGGUGAAGGCAUCUACAGCUACAGGUGGACAUCAGGGACGGACCGUGGGGGCGUGGAGCCCAACCUUAGCCUCUGCUUGACACUGGGUUUCUUUCAGCUCUUUCAUCCUUAGAAUUGAGCUCUUCCCAGAGGGAACUGUGAUCCUUUCCCCUCCGUAAGCCAUCGGUCCCACCUGUUCCUGUCCCAUUUUCCUCAGCCACACCUUCUUGUCCUAAUGCUUUCAUCUCUUGCCUUCUAGAGUAGCUUCUAAGGAGCCAUGUUCACUCCUUUCCUUUGAGCUCUUCCUUAACUGCCAAUGACCCCAAAAAGGGCUUUGAGAGAGUUAGAGAGGAUGUGAGGUGAGCCAAUGAGUCCAGGUCCAGAUGUGAAGGAGCACCAGGUCACUGGGAGCAUGAAGAGGACCACUCUAGAGGACUCUUGUGGUCAAGGUGGACCACCUCAAAGGGAAGUUGGGUAUUUCCCCCAGAGUUCGCUUUUCUAGGGCAACUUUAGCUGCCCAUUUACUUAGCCCCACUCCUGGUGGCAUUAGUUCCCGCACAGAACCCCACUCCCCCAUUUCUUUCCCCUUAGGUUCUUCACCCAGGGGUCCAAUGAAGGGAAAUGACUUUCUCACUUCUGCCAAUGUUUGGGAGUCCUGAGAACAAGAGGAAACAUGGGAAUGAGACCCUACAGCUCUAUUCCCACCAGAUUCCCACUGCCAUGCCCCAACUCUCAUACUCUCUUCAGAGAGAAAUCUUAAAGAGGUGCUGAGCCCAAGCCAAAGCCCAAAGCAUGAUGACCAACACCCAAAGAGAGUAGCUAUGGAAGCUUCUGGUACCUAAAUUGAGGCCAAAGAGGAUUGGCAACAGAAAGGAGGAACACAGAGGGUGUUCUCCAUUACUAAGACAAGCAAUAGAGUUAUCCCAGAGUUCUAAGCCUUGGGAAAAUAUGGACUGCCUCCUCAUACUGCCCUUUUACAUGAAAUCAUGGGGCACGAUUUAGAUUUCAACCAAUCCCAAAUGAAGAGAGGGCAAUUUGGCACGGCUCUAGAAGAAAUUCACUUACUGCAGAAAAAUAAAGGUGCUUCUGAAGCAUUUCCAUUCAUUCAGAAAAGGAGUUCAUUUCUAACUAAAGAAGUCUUGGUGGCCCCUGCCAAGGGGAUCACACAGGGGCCCCCCUUCCUAGGACCCACUUUAUUUUUUAUUUCCCUUUGGUGUCAAUUUCUUGGGCACAGCAGUCUGAUCUAAUCUCAGUCCUCUGGCUGUGGCAAUACUGAACCACUCUGGACACUGGUCUGUUGAUGAGCACCUCAUUUAAGCCUGACUUUCCUGCCUUCUGGAUUUGUACUCAACAUUUGGCUAAAGAGUUUGGGGGAGAGAUCAUGAUUUGAGACUUUAAGUAUGAAAUAAGAAGAGAGAAAUAUCACAUUUCAACUUGAAUGUCUUUUUUCAUUCAAGAUUUUUUUGUUUACCAAUCUCAAUUAUUAUACCACAAGGAAGUCCUCACCUAUCAACUGUAGGAAUUUUACAAACUAAUUUCUAUUACUUUUCACUAAAGGACCUUCCCUAGAAGUAAAGACUGGUUUCUGAUUCUAGGUAAGAUUUUUCAUACUCUCAUGGAUCUUCUGCCUGAGUGACUCAUCAUUGUGAAGACUAAUGAAAGUGGGGAUCGUGUCUGAACCAAGAUAAAAAAAAUGCAACACCCCAAAUAAGUCAGGCCUUUGGGUCUAAAAAUCAAGUGAAUUUCUCUAGUGAGCUGCUAACUACACUGGGGUUUUUCUGUUCAGGUGCCCUUUGAGGAGAAGCCUUGGAAGGUUGAGGGAAGCUGGAUUUCACCAUCUAAUAAAAAUGAAAAAAGUAAAAACUGACAAGUUUUUAUGCUGAGCACUAUGUGAUCCAUUCUGUUCUGGAGUCAAAAGAAAGAAUUGUUUUCUUUCCCACUUCAACAACAUCCAUUACAAUUUGCUACUUUUCCCCCCCUAAUCGCAAAAGAAACUCAGUGAGGUGCAGAGCAGAGACUCCAAAGAAUGCUCACCUCCAAGAAAAGUCAAGCAGUUCAUUAAAAGAAUGCAAUAGCCUAACUUUGGAUAAUCUUGGAUCAGUGAGAUAUUUAUUCACUUAAAAUCAAUACUUUAAUCCUUCCCAGUCAAAUUGUCUCACUUCCAGGUACAAUGGAACUUGGGAGAAGGAGGGAGGAUCCCAUUUUCAUCACCCAUCUACAGUUCAGCUAUUACCAACUUUGUUCUAGGUUCUUUGUACCUACUCAUGUUCUUUCCUCCCAAAAUAAGAAAUUCUGAUUCUUAAGAUACUCAGUAUUUGAUAACACAAUGAAGACUGGUCUUCAACCUUGUGGAAAAAAAGUCAUAGUUUUUUUUUUCUUAUAGAAGAGAAAAUUGAAACCACAGGUGCAUGGAUUUUCUUGGAAUGCCUCCACCAACAAAAUCCUAAAAGAGGUUCAGCAUGAUCUUUGGUGCUUCUGGCUAAAGAGCCAGUCAUGGCAGCCCUGGACUGAUGGCUCAGGACAUGAGCCUUGGAGUCCUAGGACUGCAGAGGUACCUUGUGCCUUCCAGACUUCUGAUACACAAACAUAAAAGCUUGCUUCUCCUAGCUAGUCAAUAGCUUUCCCAGGACUUUACUAAAACAUCCUAAAAAAAGUUCCCUUCAGAACACUACACAUGGUCUAUGGGAGUGAAAAGGCCUGGAAUGAAAGAUCAAAAAAGGAGCCAAAGAAGAACCUUCUCCUGGGUAACAGUCUCAUUAUUCCUUAAUGAACCCUGAUGAACAGACUUGAAUGAAGAUUCCAAAAGGACAAUGAACAAGCACGUUUUUUCUGAAGAUUUGAGCACUGGUAGACACAAUUCUGAGGCCUGCUAUACACCGCCCUCUACUUGCCUCUUCAACCAAUGCUAUAAGCAUGGAUCUAUCUCUGCAUGCCAAGACUGGCAUUAUGCUAGUGGAUAUCAUGACAUCAGUCAAAUUUGGUGGAGAGAGAUAUACUAACCCAUGCCUUUACCAAAGGUACCCCAGGUAAUCCAAUGAACAAAAGAGUGGCUUGCCAGUGAACAAUAAGACUCCACUGGGGGGUUUGGGAGGGAGGAGGGGCACCCUCACAGAGUCCAACCAACAUGCUAGGGAUCUUUUUCUAGUUCUCCAAGAUUUAUGGGAAGACAUAGAAAAGAAUUUAAAGGCAUAGAUGAACUGAGAGCUGUACUGUUGGAGAGGGUACAUAUCUCAAUGAAAUAAUAGGCAUAGUAAAUGAGACCAGCAAUCCCGAGGUUUACAUUUUUCACAUUAUGAAUCUGAACAGAAACCAUUUUUGAGAUUUUACCACUGAAAAUUUGCCUGAGACAAAAUACUAAGAAGUUUGAAGUCUUCUUUAUGAAACUAUUAAGAGGGUUUCUUGAAUACUAAUCAAAGUAUUUUUUUAAUGGUGUAGGGCACUAGAUAGAUGAGCAGGGAAGAUUUCUAACCCUUUAGUCAAGAGUAUCCCUCUUUAGGAGGUGACAGACAUCAAGAGUAUCCCUCUUCGGGGAGGGGAGGUGUGAUAGAUCUUUCUUAACUCUCCCUUCAAACCAGCUGUUUUGGCUACUGUUCGAAUAGUCAUCUAAAUCCAAAUGCAAGUCAACUGGCACUAACAAGUCUGCUGCUUAAACAGCAUGUCAAGUUUUUGUAGUAAACUUACUACAUUCAAAAUGGUUUUAAUCAUGGUAGGUACCAAAUAAGGAAAAUGCCAAACCUAUGUAAUCAGAAACCAUCAGAGACCAUAUCAACCAAAUGAGACAAGAGUCACAAGGGAGGUCGGAUAAUGCACUUCUUAUGUAGAUGCACUUGAGUAAACUAUUCUAAUCAUUAAAUAUUUUUUAAAAUUGAAAAUUAACAGUGAACUUGUAUCUUAAAUAACACAUCUAACAUUUCUCAAGAGAUAGUUUUCUUUCAUUUUGUCGAAUCUGAACACAGAAUAUAUUCAGUAUUUAGCAGUGACCUUAAAGUUUUACACUGAUUAUUUUUGUUUCUUCCCAAAGUUUUUGGGAACUGAAAAUGUCCCCAAAUGCACUUUUUAGGUGAAUGUAUGACUGUGGACAAUUAACUUCACUCUCUGGGCCUGUCUUCUUUUUUUUUUGUUUGUUUUUUUUUUUGGCCUGUCUUCUUAUACACAGAAUCAAAGGGGGUAGAUCAAACUUCCAAUUAUGGGAAUAGAACAAAGCAUUGGCUGUCAAAACCACUACAAAGACAUCCUCAACAACCAUACUAGAAUACGGUACCCACCUGUUGUGAUUAUAGUGGGCAGAUUAGGAACAGGUACUAAUAGCCCAAAUAUAGCUGUUUUGGUUUUUUCUGUUUUUUUAAUAUUCCAGAUACCAGUAUCUCUUUACUCUAGACCAAGGAGUCUUGGACUUAACCUGGAGUCCCUGAACUUUUAAAAAUAUUUUAUAUUCAUAUAUCGAUAUAGUUGGUUAACUUUAUAACCUUAUAGAUUUUACUUUCACAUUUAAAAACAUCAUUCUGAAAUAGGAUCCAUAGGCUUCAUCGACUAUCCAAGGGAUUCAUAACAAAAACAAGGUUAAGAUCCUCUAUAGACUAGACCCUUUCUAUACUGCCUUUUCUAGUGUCAUGGCACAGGCUAAAAAACUCAAAUAAGUAAUUACAAUAAAAUCCUACCAAAAAUCCUUCAAUAAAGUAGAAUUCAAUUGACUAAAAUACUUUGAAACUAUAUACUUUUUAAUAAAUAUUUACUGAUUUCUCCCCACUAUUUUAGCUACUACUGUUAGUUAAGAUUGUAUUAACUUUUUAAAAAUGAAGACUUCUAGAAUUCAUUUAUUAGGGUUGACUCUGAGGACUUUUGUCCUAUAAGCUAUUCUACUUGACAUAUGACAUGUAUAUAUGGUCCAUUGCUUCAAUGACUGUUUGUGGGUUUUAAUUAAAUACUGUUACAACAAUGGAA